AGAGUAAUGGUGAUUGGAACUGGCGGGAGAUGAUUUUGGAUUGUUUAUAGUCUGAAUUAGUAUCUACUUGCUGCUGACAAAAAGAAGGUACACUUAUUUUAUUUUUAUGUUCAUAAUUUUUGGCUUAUGGGUAAGCAAGGAAAAUGAAACCAAAUUAUAGUUGAAAGAAUGAAUUAUAUGCAUUAGUGCAAACAGGGAAUUGGGAUCAAGGAGAACUGUUGCAAACAAAGCUAAACUUCACAUUGCGCAUGGUCAUAUAAGAAGCGCCAUUGAGAUGUAUACACAGCUUCUUGCGAUUCUUCAAGUUUAGAAGAAAAGCUUUGGUUUUGAGAUGCAGUUACAUAAGAGUGGUAGAAGAUCACCUAGAAGUUUGGAAGUAGAAUUAUGGAAUGAUCUCACUAAUAUGUACAUAAGAUUGUCACAGUGGGAUGAUGCUGAGAUAUGUCUUUAUAAAUUUAAGUCCAUCUGAUCCUACUCUGCAACUAGAUGGAAUCCCACAGGAAGUGUUUUCUCAGGAAAAGGCUCAGACAUCGAUCUCUGUCAACCAAGAGUUUACAAGGUCAUUAAAGAGGCAAGGUCAUGGAGAAUACAGAGAUAUAAGUGAAGGAGAUUUCUUGGGUGAAGUUACUGGGUCAAAGAAGAUGGAUGCUGAGUGGGUUCUUGGAGCGAAAGACGAUUUCACCACAAAGGCACUUGAGAAUCUACUUGUCAAAAAGGGUACUGACAUUGUUAGUGUGAAGAAGAAAAAAGACGAUGGAAACCAUGAAAAUAGUAAGAACUUGUGUAAAUUUUGA